UUUAGGGAAGAGAGAUGUGCAGCUGUCUGAUGCUUUUAAAUUUCUGUGUGUGUUGAGACCAGCAAUGUCAGAACAUCACAUUCCCUGGGUUCAUUAUUUCAAAAGUCCAAGAUGGGAUGGAAUGAAGUCCUCCACUUCAGAGAAGAGCAGUGCGGUGGCCACGCCAGGCGGGUUCCCGGUCGGCCCAGAGAAGAUGGUCUUCCCGUCCUUGGAUGUGCGGGGCUGGGCCGGGUCCGCGGAAGAAGUGCGGUCCAGCGCGGGUGCCCUGCGGACGGAUCGGCGAGACGGUGCGGUGGCCACGCCAGGCGGGUUCCCGGUCGGCCCAGAGAAGAUGGUCUUCCCGUCCUUGGAUGUGCGGGGCUGGGCCGGGUCCGCGGAAGAAGUGCGGUCCAGCGCGGGUGCCCUGCGACGGAUCGGCGAGACGGUGCGGUGGCCACGCCAGGCGGGUUCCCGGUCGGCCCAGAGAAGAUGGUCUUCCCGUCCUUGGAUGUGCGGGGCUGGGCCGGGUCCGCGGAAGAAGUGCGGUCCAGCGCGGGUGCCCUGCGGACGGAUCGGCGAGACGGUGCGGUGGCCACGCCAGGCGGGUUCCCGGUCGGCCCAGAGAAGAUGGUCUUCCCGUCCUUGGAUGUGCGGGGCUGGGCCGGGUCCGCGGAAGAAGUGCGGUCCAGCGCGGGUGCCCUGCGGACGGAUCGGCGAGACGGUGCGGUGGCCACGCCAGGCGGGUUCCCGGUCGGCCCAGAGAAGAUGGUCUUCCCGUCCUUGGAUGUGCGGGGCUGGGCCGGGUCCGCGGAAGAAGUGCGGUCCAGCGCGGGUGCCCUGCGGACGGAUCGGCGAGACGGUGCGGUGGCCACGCCAGGCGGGUUCCCGGUCGGCCCAGAGAAGGUGGUCUUCCCGUCCUUGGAUGUGUGGGGCUGGACCGGGUCCGCGGAAGAAGUGCGGUCCUGCGCGGGUACCCUGCGGACAGAUCGGCGAGACGGUGGAGUUGGCUGGACAUGGGCGUCAGUGACUAUCGGCGAGUCCCAUUUGCCUGAUCCGCGAUGCCCUGUCUGCGAGGCGAGGAUGCCCCUGAAGAGGCAGGGUGGUGUUGGCUGGACAUGGGUGUCAUAACCAUCGGUGAGUCCCAUUUGCCUGAUUCUUGAUCCCUGGCCUGCCUGGAGAGGAUAGCCCUUUAGAGCCAUGGGGUGCAGUUUGCAGUUAUCUGAGAGUAGCCUGUGUCUGCGGCCAAUGGAAACUAAAAUCUUGGUUUAUUAUGAAUAAAAAAAUGAUCCCUUCCUCUUGAAAUGUGAAAAAGAAGAAAAUAUUGGGAAAAAUCAUCCCAUCUCAUCCUCAAGAGCCAAUAGGAAUUCUACUGCCAGAACAACAUGGCAACUCUUUGCUGGCAGCCUCCAUACAUUCAUAAUAACCAGACCCUGGAGAACCAACAUGUGAGGAGACAGACAAAUAGUAAAUGAUUAUGCCUACCUUUGAGCCAUUCACACAUUUCUCUUACAAGCCAAAAUCUUUAGAGUGAAGAGCAAUUGACAGAUCUACUAGAUCAUCAAGACAUAUCUUGAAAGAAGUUGCUGUGUCUUAUAUCGAAGAGGUUACUGCCUAUGUUUCUUUUGAGACAUGAAAUGAAGGAAAGUUUUGGGAGGAAUUCUGUAUCCCAUCCUCAAGGGCCAGUGGGAAUUUUCAUGGUGGAUUUUUAUGACUUCUCUCUUUGAAUAAUAGCAGAAACAUCCUAGUAAAGUAAUAUGAGUUCAUUUGAUAGGAAGGUUGGGAGUAAGAUGGCAGUUGCAUGGAAUUCUUGCCACUUCACCAAAGAAUACUUGAUUUUGUCACUUUUACCAACUCCCUUAUCUGAGAAGAAAUAAUGAUGCACUCUUAAGAUAAUGAUGGAUGCCUAUGCCAUCUCCAGAGAGUGAGGCGAAAAAUUAUUUUUAAGUCAGUGGUUCUCCAUUACUACCUGUGGUCUUUUGGACACCCUUGCAGAUUACUUCUUGGGAACUCUUGGGACUGAAUGACACCAGUAAAUCUCUGAAACAAGACUCUCCAGACAAGGAGACUGUGGUCUGUGACCACGCUUUGAAGGUGGUGACCACCAAUAUGAGGUCGAUUUGUUAUUGAGGGUGCCAUUACUUCUACCACCAACUUCACCAAAACAAUGAUACACUCUUAUUUAUGCUUGGCGAUUCCUCUCUUUCCUGUGUUGCAGUGGACACCUCCUGCAGAUAAGAAAUGCUUAACUGAGAAAUGCUCAUGUUGGGAUUAUCAUCGAUGAGACUUUAAUUUGGGCAUGGUGACUGUUUCCCUUGCUGCCACUUGACUCAAUCCCAGGAGCCUCAGUAGAGGAAAUAUUAUUAUACAAGAAACUCAAAAUGGUGGAAUUUUUCAGUGCUCCCAUAAAUAUACAUUUAUAAUUUCCAUUUACCAUAUGGUAAAAUUUUUAAAUAAGAUAUAUUAAAAAGAAACUGCACAAUUUUUUUUCAAAAAUUCAAAGCAUAAUUAAAUAUCUAAUAUAUAAAUUAUGUGCCCUCCUCUCUGCCAGUUCUCUCCCCCAGAGUUUUCCUCUCUUAAGAGUUGUGUGCAUUCUUUAAGUGGAUAGAUGCACACACACAGACACACAUAUACACAAACUAUUUUGAGGGGUUCUGGAAGUGGGGCCAUACUGUACACAUUCUUCUGCAAAUUGCCUUUCAUUUUACAGUUUUAAUACCCUUUUCUAUUUCAGUAAUAUACAUCUGUGUCAUUUGUUGAAUGACUGCAUGACUGUUUUGUAGAUGAAAUAUAAUUAAAUGUUAUAAGAAUUUCUCAUCCAUAGAUAUUUGUUAGCACAAAAUUUUUGUGCAGUGAACCUCCCUAUCAAUAAUUUUGCAUUUGUCUCUUAUAUCAUAAUAAAUUACUUAGCAGUUGAAAUACUGGGAUUAUGCACAUUUAAAAUUAUUACAAGAUUUCCUUAAAAUGUGGUAACAACUUUGUCUUCAAAUGGCAAUGAAUGAGAUUGCCAGCUUUCCCACAACUACACAGAUAAUGGAUUUUAUAAAUAUUUAAACUUUUUGCGAAUGUGAUAGCCCAAACUAUUGUCUUAAAUUGUAUUUCUUUUGUUUUUGAGUUUGAUCAUUUUUUCAUAUGUUUAUUAGCCAUUUGUAUUCUUUAAUUUCCUCUUUAUGUCCAAUUUUGGGGGUGGAGGUUUAAUCUUCUAAUUUUGAAGAGCUCAUUUAUUAUUGAGGAAAAAAGGUUUGGAUUGUUAAGCUUUACAGAUAUUUUUUAUGCACUUUUAAACUUUAUUUUUGUUAUAAGAAUGUGUAUGAUUGUUAUAUGUCCAAGUAUAACCAUGUUUGCUUUAAUGGCUUAUGAGUUUCAUGACAUUUUGGAAAAAUAUUUAUACUGAUUUCAUAAAACCGUUCACCUAUGUUAA